AUGUUGGGAGGCGGUGGCUCAAACAUCCUACGCGGAGGCAAGCGGUCGUACGAGUGCAAGACCCUCGUGGGCAACUUUGUGGAGGAGGCGUAUCGCCCUGGCGCCGUGAAGGACGUACGGGAUGGCGGUGUCAGCUACAGCAGCAACACGCGCGUUCAGAUGCAGCAGGGUGCGCGCAUCAAAGUGCCGGAAUUUGGUGCGGGGCUUCACAAUCCAAACGAGACGUCCAAGUUCAACUACCAUGAACUCGUUGGCGCUGACAAGACGAGAGGCUCGUCGACGUGGCAGUCGAUCUCGCAGUCAGCGUACAACAACUCGAGUCAGCCGACGGAGUUUGCAGCCCCACGGGAGCUAAAGGGACGAACGAUGCGCGGUGAGGAGCUUCAGAAACAUCGCGAGCGCUGGACGAAUGAAGGUGAAGCGCUCGUGAAGGUGCGCUACGUUACGGACAGCUCGGCGAACAUGGAUCCCGUGGUGAAGCCCCAGUUCCGCAAGGAGCUGUGCAAACCCUCGCCUCCGACGUUCAAGUGA